CAAACGGGAGUGCUUAAUCUGCUGUCGUUGUGAGAAACGCUAACCAAUCGAAAUCAAGAGUGGGAGGAGCUACAUAAAUGUGACUGAAAGAUGGGAAGGAAAAGUCACGAGUGAGAUGAGUGUGUAAAUUAUACUUUAAUAUAACAUAAGAUAAGACGCAAAAGAGUGAAUGUCCGGAUUUGGCAGCUAACAUUAGCUUCACAGACACUCCGACGUUAACUGAAAAGAAGCAAAGUGGAAAUAAUGUGUUGGGUGUCGGUCUGUAGGAGAAGCGGCAAAUAAAUGAAACGUUUGGUCUCCCAUACUGAUGCUGCCGCUGCGGCCCGUGUGUGGUGGGAUAUGGAGAGCUGCUGUGCACACAGUCAGGAUGAGCCGUGGAGCUCCACCCUACAGGCUCCUCUCCUCUACCUGUGAUGGAGCCCCAGCUGCACUGGCUGAUGCUGACACCAUCUUUGCGCUGUCGUCCGGGCACGGCAGGUGCGGGGUGGCAGUGGUACGUGUCAGCGGUCCCGCCUCAGCUACAGCCCUGAGGUGUAUGGCUGGGUUCACGCAGCGUCUGCCCCCUCCACGCACCGCCCUGUUACGCAGCAUCACAGACCCCCGCUCCACAGAAGUGCUGGACCGUGGGCUCGUCCUGUGGUUUCCAGCUCCUCGUAGUUUCUCCGGAGAAGAUAGCGUGGAGUUCCAUAUCCACGGAGGUCCCGCUGUCGUUACUGCUGUCUUACAGGCUCUUGGAAGCGUGCCUGGCUUGAGGCCGGCCGAAGCGGGGGAGUUCACGCGGAGAGCUUUUCAAGCAGGGAAACUCGGUUUAACGGAGGUGGAGGGGCUUGGGGAUCUGAUCCACGCAGAGACAGAGGCCCAGAGGAGGCAGGCUCUUAGACAGAUGUCAGGCGAACUGGGACGCCUGUAUCAGGACUGGAGCGACAGACUGAAACGGUGUUUGGCCCACGUCGAGGCCUUCAUAGACUUCAGCGAGGAUGAGCUCAUUGAGGACGGGGUCUUGAACCGAGUGGACGUGUCAGUAAGUGAUCUGCAAGCGGAGAUUGAGCGACACCUGAAGGACGAGAGACGGGGCGAGCGGCUUCGCAGCGGGGUCCAGGUGGUGAUCGCGGGAGCUACGAAUGCAGGAAAAAGUAGCCUUCUUAACAAACUCUGUCAGAGACCUGCAGCCAUUGUGUCUCCCAUUGCUGGCACCACCAGAGAUGUGGUGGAGACGGCUCUGGACCUCGGUGGGUUCCCCGUCCUCCUGAGUGACACAGCUGGCCUCAGAGACAGCUCGGACCUGGUGGAGAGAGAGGGCGUCCGCCGCGCUCGGGAAAGGGUGGAGCAGGCAGAUCUGACGCUGGUGGUCGUGGACUCUGCUCAUCUCCCCUCUGAGGUAGACCGAGCCGCGGCGUUCCUGCGGGAGCACCUGAGGAGUGUGCUGCCUGACACAGACAGGUGUCUCCUGGUGUUGAAUAAGGCCGAUCUGCUGCCUGAGAAGCAGAGACAAAAGCUGGACACGGAGCUGAGGGGUGUCUCUGGUCUCCCUGCUGUCCGUCUGAUCUCCUGCCAGACUAACGAGGGACUGAAGGCCUUCCUCACAGUGCUGCACAGCAGUGUCAAGACUCUGUGUGGCGACCCUCUGUUCGGUGCCCCCACCCUGACACAGGCUCGCCACAGGGCCCACCUGCAGCGGUGCGCGGCGGCUCUGGCUCAGUAUCAGCGGUACCGUGACACUGACCUCGCUCUGGCAGCCGAAGGUGUCCGUUUAGCUGUCACCAGCCUGGGCCGGAUCACUGGACGGGUCGGCGCAGAGGAGAUCCUGGACAUCAUCUUCAAAGACUUCUGCAUUGGAAAAUAAAAGAGUGAAAAACUGACAGAUAUGCGAUCGCCGGCUGCUCUGAGAGGAAAAUCGCAUUCCUGCAGUCUCACGGUGUCAGAAAACAGGACUGAAAGGACACCGCUGGGCGCCGAGCCAGGCGUCGACACACAGCUGAAAGAAAAAACUCUGUGUUCUUGGCCGCUGAACGCGUGCGCUCCCAGGACGCUAAAAUGUUUUCUGUUGAUGCUUUUUAUCAGCCGAAAUAGUUUGAGCAUGAUGACAGGUGCCUCAAAGGCCCAAUAUACCGAACAAGUGUUUGGCAAGCCUUGAGUCGUCAUUUGAAAAUAGAUGUCGAAAUCCUUUGAAGAUCGGCCUCCUGGGCUGCAACACAACAGCCCAGAUCUUUCAAAUAUAACCUGCAAGGUCAUGGACUGAAGGUUUGGCUGUUUACUUGUACCGCAGGAACAUGACUUAUUUUUUUUACUUUGCGCCUUUAUUACAUUUAUUUAUUUUCCAAAGAAGAACUAAUACUAAUCAGAAUGAUUGUGUCGCUUUGUUACAUGUUGCUGUGUUACGUUACUUUGGACCCUUAAAUAAAUGAGAUCGUGUGUAUUUUUGUAACAAAUAAAAAUUCUCUUUAAAGAUA